UGCAAGACGAAGCAGCCAAGAUGGCAACGUUCAGAGGCCUAGCCGCACUAGCGCUCAUCCUCACCUUCUCCUCUUGCUGUUACCUCACCACUCCAACCUCGGCUACGCCUGACUCCGACGGCUUCCUGCAGUGCCUGUUGGGGAACAUCCCCAGCGGGCUCAUCUACACGCAGGGCGCGAGCAACUUCACCGACGUGCUGGCGUCCUCCGUCCAUAACCCCAGGGUCUACACCGGCGACAUGGUGCGGCCGCUCUGCAUCGUCACGGCCACCGACGCCUCCCACGUGCAGGCCGCCGUGCGCUGCGGCCGCGCGCACGGCGUGCGCGUCCGCGUCCGCAGCGGCGGGCACGACUACGAGGGCCUCUCGUACCGGUCCCUGCAGCAGGGCGAUGUGUUCGGGGUGGUCGACCUCGCCGGCAUCCGCGCCAUCACCGUCGGCUCCGACGCCGUGUGGCCGCUGGCUCCCACGGCGUGGGUCGAGUCCGGCGCGACGCUCGGGGAGCUCUACUACACGGUCGCCAAGAACAACUCCGAGGUCGCGUUCCCGGCCGGCAUCUGCCCGACCAUCGGCGUCGGCGGCCACUUCAGCGGCGGCGGGAUCGGCAUGCUGAUGCGCAAGUUCGGCCUCUCCAUCGACAACAUCCUCGACGCCAAGCUGGUGAACGCCGAUGGCGACCUCGUCGACCGGGCGGCCAUGGGGGAGGACCUCUUCUGGGCCAUCCGCGGCGGCGGCGGCGGGAACUUCGGCAUCGUCGUGUCGUGGAAAGUGAGCCUCGUCAAGGUCCCGUCCACCGUCACGGCGUUCAACAUCGUGAGGACGGUGGACCAGGGCGCCAUCGACGUCCUGACCAGAUGGCAGGAGGUUGGGCCGACGCUCCCCUUCGACAUCAACAUGCGGGUGAUCAUCAUGGGACAGCAGGUGACGUUCCAGUCCCUGUACCUCGGCAAGUGCAGCGACGUCGUGCCGAUGCUGAGCAACCUCUUCCCGGAGCUGGGCAUGACGGGCGGCGACUGCCUCGAGAUGACCUGGCUGCAGUCAGUGGUCUUCUUCAACUCCUGGAACCCCAACGCGCCGGUGGAGUCGCUGCUCAGCCGCGGCACCAGCCUGAGCACCUUCACCAAGAACAAGUCCGACUACGUCCGGCGUGCCAUCGCCAAGGACGAUUGGAACAAGAUCUUCCCCUGGUUCGCCAUGGACGGCGCCGGGAUGAUCAUCCUCGAGCCACACGGGGGGUUCAUCGACACCAUCCCGGCGUCGGCGACGCCGUACCCGCACCGGAGCGGGGUGCUGUACAACAUCCAGUACAUCACCUUCUGGCCUUGGGGCAACGACGGCUCGGCGGCGACGAGCUGGAUCAACAACUUCUACGACUUCAUGGGGCAGUACGUGUGCAAGAACCCGAGGGUGGCGUACGUGAACUACCGGGACCUGGACAUCGGCGUGAACACGGUGGUCAACGACGUCACCACGUUCGACGGCGGCAAGGUGUGGGGCGAGAAGUACUUCGCCGGCAACUUCCGAAGGCUCGCCGCGGUGAAGGCGGCGGUGGAUCCAACCGACUUCUUCAGGAGCGAACAGAGCAUCCCGCCAUUGGUCCAAGGCAAUCGUUGGGGAAAGCGUUUGGGCUUACACGAAUAGUGCGAACUCUUGAAUCUUGAAGUGAUGUAACUUCUGUUUCAGGUCGUUCCGUUGGUAUGAGCCGGUAGUGUAGAACCUAAGUACCUGACUGUUUCUGAAUGAAUGAGGACAAGAAUUGCACGCCUGCACGUACUUUUUAUGAGGAAA